AUGGCGCCCAAGAAGAAGAAGUUCGGCCCUUCGGCCCAGCCAUCUACCUCGAAGGCUCCGCCGCCCGCGGCCUCAGAUGCCGCGGGGAAUGCGAGUACAAGCGAGGACGUGAGCGCUGCUGGGGGCGUGGCAGGAGCAGGUGGCGCCAUCGCCACUCCCCCUGCGCUCGACACCGGGGCUGAAUGCGUCAGAGGAGAACAGCUUCAGCAGCGUUUCGACGGUCAAACUCCGCAAGGUGCAGACGGGAGGGUGACUCCGCUUACAUCCCCUCCUCCCACCUGCGGGUGCAGCCACAGCAACGGCGCUCGGUCCGGGAUGAGCCACCGUCCUCCGGCCGUCCACGCCACGAGGGCGGUCACGACACGUGUGUCUCCUCCCGGGCAAGCCGACCCAACCACUGCACCUGACGGAGCCGUGGACCCUCGAGCGCCAUCGCCGCGCGAUGCCCCUUCCCAGGUGGCCGCCCCACCGCAGCACGGACGUGCCACCGCCGCCGCCGCGGGCACCGUCAGGAGCCAGGCGACGGUCCGGUGA